AUCUAUUGCAGCAUCCACAUUCAUUCCAAGUCGCGAUGAAACAUUUUUGCAUUUCAACUGCCAUCGAUCACCAAGUUCGCUGAGCUUAGUGGAUAUCAAUGCGCUUCUUUGUUCGACAUCUUGAAGAAAGGAAAAAGAGCGUGAAGCAAUGUAUGAUCCAUGGCGCUCCCGCAGUGGUGCAAACAGCGUCGAAGACGAUGAGAUGGUCACCAUAAUCGGUGCCUUUGACCUGACGGACGCCGCCAGUGUCUACGAUGAACCGCAAAGCCUGUACGAAGGUCUUAUGUCUUAUGGGGAUGUCUUGCCGGCAUCUGAUUCCAGUGCUAGCUCCAGUAGCCACUUCUACAUGGACUUGACGCGUCUGGGAACGUACCUGGAUGAACCGAGCGAAACAACCCCGACCAGCCCACCCCAAUUCUACGAGGGAUUCUAUCAUUCCAACAGUCAGUAUCGUCCAAUUCUGACACCAACUCCACCGACGCCAAUCCCCGAGUUUCAAGUCUUUGAUUUGACCUGCUUUGUCGACGAUGCAGCGUCGCGCGGGUCCAUCGUGACUCCUCCUGCGGGACCACAACGAGUAGCACAGCAAGCCCGGAACUUUGGAACGCCCGUAUCCUUUUACAAAGCAAAACCGCAAACUCGAGUGUUAUACAGUUUGGCAUCACCUAGUCAAGACUAUCAGGAAGUGAUUGCUGCUGAAUACUGCUCCGAUUAUUAUCCAGAGAUUCAUGGCGAGACGGAAACGGCCAUCGAGGAGGUGCGGGAAUCAGAAGUGGUGGUCCUUCCUGUCUCUCAGGAAGCAUCAGAGGAGAAUUCCACCAUUCACUUGACUGAUUUUUCUAGAAGUAGUGGAUGGCCCGGCCAAUCUGAGGAUUACUAUCCGUUUUCCUCCUGCAACAACAGCAUUGUCAGCCGCGGCGGCGUUGGCUCAACUAUGACCAAUGAUCUAUUUGCAAUUGACUGUCAAAAGCAGUUACCCAUUGAUACCUGUGAUGAUCAAAUGUUUGAUCAGCUUUGUCGAGGCCAUCAACCGGCAGAUACCAGCACCGUGGCGGUAAAGAAGAAGGAGAAGCAAAAAUGGAAGAAGAAGGUGGAUCCCAAUAUUACCCGCAGGGACCGGCAAGAAAUUCGCAGCUGUGGCACAUUACCACCACCCAACGACAACGACCGGCGAUCCAAAAGUAAUCGAAAGUCGUCGAGUCAUCAAACUGAGCAAUCGAGAAAGAAGGCGGCUGCUGUUGAAAAAAAGCUGCAACUACAAAAGCAGCAACAGCGGAACGCAAAUCGAAGCAAAUCCUUUCACGAGUUGCCAACGGUGAUACCAGAUAGUGCCCCCCUCAAGAUCCGGCAGAACAGCACUACGAGUGACGAUGACGAAGCUCCGUUCCGGCAUGAUUCCAACCAAAGUCAUACCGAGGCUGGCAUUCUUGAUGAUCGCAAGUCCGUGUCAUCGUCAUCAGCCGACUCGGAGGGUACGUCCACCACGGAAGACUGCUCGGAGUACGACGUACUCGAUUGUCGUGAGUGGAUGGGGAACUUUAUCAAUGACCUGUUUGAUCAAGAUGAAAGCAAGGCCAUUUUCUAUGCGAGCAGCAUUGCGGAGCGACAUCACAUUCCAACCGACCGAGCCAGGAAACCGCAAGAAGACUCGGACAGCAAGAAGAAAAAGAAAGGUUCCCUCCUGGGAGACUACAUGGCCAUUAAGGACUAUUGUCAUUAUGUCCUGAAUAAUCUUGACUUGGCAGAGGUGGUGGAAAACAUUGACGCGGGCGUGUAUGACAAUCGUUUGGAUGACUUUCUGGAGGACAUUGAGCUUUGCCUGGAAGAUUCCAUUGACAAGUAUGAGACUUUCCUGGAACAUGAGGCUCGCAAGUGGUACAGCAAACACAAGGACGAUGGAAGCGUCCACACUCAGCAACGCCACAAGGAGUUGAGGCUACUGGCGGGCGAUGAGUUGAUGAAACAGCUGGAGACUGACUUCAAAAUGCAGCUAUUGGAUCAUUUUUGUGACCAGAUUUCGAGGCAAAAGCAACAGCAGAAGAAACCACGACGCAACUUGGCUGCCCGCAGGAAAGCCCAACGGGAAAGGACUUGGUGCGGAGCAGGAAUGUGAUUCAUUCAAUCGCUACUAGUAGGCUAAAGUCGUUGCUUGCGGCUAUACCGGUAUAUACGGAACAGACAACUAUAUAAUGUGCUUCUUUUUGUACU